CUUAACUGGGUUCUAUGCCGAUUUUACUGUACGUCUACCACGAUGGAAAUCGUUGUCGUUCAGGGCAUGAACUUCAUCGCCAAGCACUUCUUCGAGUAUCAAUCGUUCAUCAACAUGCCACAUAAAGGCAUACAACUUCAUAAGACGCCACCUUCUCAAGCCGGAACAGAUCCAUCUGUUGGCUGGGCUCCAAAGAACAUGAAUAAAGCCGGAAAGAAUCAACCCGCACCAGCGGCGAGAGCAAAUCGAAUUCAUCGUGAUCCACGUCCAAACGGCACUAAGCAUGGUCGAGCCGCCAAGCUUGAACAUCGAGAAUGGGGAGAUCGGCAUGGAGAACUUAAAGAAGAAAAAGUGGCACCUCAUAAAGAUGCUUGGACUAAGUUCUUAUCAAAUGAGGAUCCAGGUCAGAGGAGCGUAUUCGAUUGUGACCUUGAAGAUAGAGUCUUGGCGACGGAAGAGGAAACGCUGCCUGAACGAAUCUCACGAAUCAGUGCUGAUGAUUUAGAGUUUCAAAGAGCCUACAACGCUAAGAAAAGCUCGUCGGAGACGGACUGUGAGCUUUUGACUAUUCUGACCUAUGCGCCAUCAGUGCAAUUCAUUACAGCUACAAUAAAACGAGCAAAAUCAUUACCUUACAACAAUUCUCCGUUCGCUCGCAUUAUGCUCUUUGAUGGCCGACGACUUUUGGAGCAGAAACAAACCACCAUUAAUCCCUCGGUUGCUCAGAAAUCUUCUGUAGACACUUCAUCCAAAGUCUCCUCCUCUUCGGUUUCAUCAACUCUUAGCUCAUCGUCAGGCGAUGCUUCCUUCUCAGAAUCAUUUCUAUUCCACGUGUCGCCGUUGAAACUCGACCGAUGUCAUAUUGUCAUCGAGAUGUUCGACCAUGACUCCUCCGGACAACCGAUAUCUGUUGGCCAUUGUGUAAUCGGUCGUAUGGGUGACAUCACGGGCUAUGCCCAUUGGAUUCAGAUGAUCAAAAAGCACGGAUUACCUGUCUGUAUGUGGCAUCGUUUGGGUAUCAAUUAG